GGGGCUUCCGGAAGUGCGUGGCUCAGAGGAAAUAUGGCGUUCAGCGCACUGCAUAAACCAGAUAUAUUCCUUGCUUCAACGCAUUAUUUCAACGCAUUCCUUUUGUCUAUUUUCGUCGCCUUUGCGACACCUGAAGCAGUAAACACUGGAAAUGCGUUCAGUGCAAGUCACACGGCUACUGCACCCGUCGCUGCUGCUAGGGACUUGCGGUACCUCUUGUAUGAUGUGAACCCCCCAGAGGGUUUCAACCUUCGCAGGGAUGUCUAUAUCCGCAUGGCCUCCCUGGUCAAGUCUUUGAGGAAAGAGGGGGAUGACUGGGUCCUGGUGCUCCCCCCAUGGGGCCGUCUCUACCACUGGCAGAGCCCCAACAUUCACCAGAUGCGCAUCCCAUGGGGCGAGUUCUUCAGCCUCACUAGCCUGCAGGCCAACGUGCCCGUCAUGGAGUAUGAGGAAUUCAUUGCUGAAAAUGGAGGCCCAUUCAUAGAUCAAGUUCUGGUUCUGCAAAACUAUGCUGAAGGGUGGACUGAUGGGAAAUGGGAGGAAAAGGUUGAUGAGCGGCCAUGCAUUGACAAGCUGAUGUACUCCAAAGAUAAACAGGGAUACUACAGGGGCUGGUUUUGGGGCUACGAGGAGACGAGAGCUCGAAAUGUGACAUGUAUAUCAGCUCAGGGCCAUGCCUCAAUCAUGGCUCCUGUUCUACAGAGAAACAUCACAGCGACAUCAGUUUUGCUUGACAGAGCAGAAACACUCCUUCAUGAUCACUAUGCUGGAAAGGAUUACUGGGAUACUCGGCGCAGCAUGGUUUUCGCUAAGCACUUGCGACUCAUAGGAGAUGACUUCAGAGCAAAACACCUAAACUCCACAGAUGACAGAGACCGUACAGUAUACAGUGAGGACUGGACUCGCAUGAAGGCCAAGCCCGGCUCAGCGAAAGGUGGUCCAUAUCUGGGCGUCCACCUGCGCAGGAAGGACUUUAUCUGGGGUCACAGAGAGGAUGUACCCAGUCUUAAGGGAGCAGUCAAAAAAAUGCGCAGCUUGAUGAAGAAACACAAACUGGAGAAAGUGUUUGUUGCGACAGAUGCAGAUGAUGAAGAGUUGAAGGAUCUGAAAAAGUUGCUGCCUGACAUGGUGCGGUUUGAGCCAUCCGUAGAGGACUUAGAGCUCCUUAAAGACGGAGGAGUCGCCAUCAUUGACCAGUGGAUAUGUGCCCAUGCCAGAUUCUUCAUAGGAACCUCAGUGUCCACCUUCUCUUUCCGGAUCCAUGAAGAGAGAGAGAUCCUGGGCUUUGACCCCAAAAUGACAUACAAUCGUUUCUGUGGGGACACCGAGAAAGAAUGUGAACAGCCCACACACUGGAAGAUAGUUUACUGACGUGUGACCUCUGACUUAUCUGACGCACAAGUGCCAAAAGCAGUCCUGAAAGUGACGUUUUAUUUCUGUGGAACCUACAAAUACAGGUGUGACUUAUUUUUUAUGGUUUCAGUGUUGUGCAAUCAGGUCUGAAGUGACCACUGUGACUGAACUUUAUGCUGAAAAUGCCAAGACUUUUCUGCCAAACACUUAUUACUGUAAUUGUCAACAAUUAAAUCUGCAUAUAUUUUUAGGUUGUA